UCAGAGGAUAGGAGCAGAGCGGCGGAAGUUUGCGCUCCCACAUGAAACAAGAAGCUAGCGGAUUAAACAGUAACGUUUAUGAUCACAUUCUCCGACCCAACGUUCAAACGGAAUGAACCGCAUCGUGAAUCAUCGCUGUUAUGCAUGUUAUACACGACGUCUAGCAAAGGAGGGCAAUGUUGCUGUCACCUGCUAAAUUCGUGGACAAGAUAAACGUGCGAGCAGAAAUCAAGGUGUGACGACAACGGUUGGUCGGUGCGUAGGAGCACUCCCUGCAGGCCUGCCCAGCGGACAUUUGUGUGUGUUUAUGGUGUUGUGUGUAUACGAGUGAGUGGCAUAGCAGCUGGGGGUUGUAACGUGAUGCCAAGAUGCUGCUGUCCCUGGGAAUGCUGAUGUUGUCGGCCACACAGAUCUACACCAUCUUCACCGUUCAACUCUUCGCCUUCCUUAACCUACUGCCUGUGGAAGCCGAUAUUGCUGCUUACUCAUUUGACAACAAAACGGAGAACUUUGAUGACCUGCCUGCACGGUUUGGCUACAGGCUUCCCAGUGAUGGACUGAAAGGCUUCCUGAUUGGCGCUCGCCCAGAAAACGCCUGCGAGCCCAUCGAACCUCCUCCGAGGGACAACUUGACGGGCGCCUUCAUCGUCCUCAUCAAACGAUUUGACUGCAACUUUGACAUCAAGGUUCUCAACGCCCAGAAGGCUGGGUACAAGGCAGCCAUUGUUCACAAUGUGGACUCUGAUGACUUAAUCAGCAUGGGAUCCAAUGAUGUGGAUGUUAUGAAGCAGAUAAUUAUUCCCUCUGUGUUCAUAAGCGAAGAGACUGCCAACUCUCUGAAAGACGACUACUUGUAUGACAAGGGGGGGCAUGUAGUCCUCAUGCCGGACUUCAGCCUCCCGCUGGAAUACUACCUGAUCCCGUUCCUCAUCAUCGUGGGAAUCUGCCUCAUUCUCAUUGUUGUCUUCAUGAUCACCAAGUUCGUCCAGGAUCGGCACAGGGCUCGGAGGAGCCGUUUGCGUAAAGAUCAGCUGAAGAAGCUUCCCAUCCACAAGUAUAAGAAAGGGGAUAACUAUGAUGUAUGUGCCAUAUGCCUGGACGAAUAUGAGGACGGAGACAAACUCAGAGUCCUGCCGUGUUCUCAUGCCUACCACACCAAAUGCGUGGACCCCUGGCUGACCAAAUCUAAGAAGACGUGUCCGGUGUGCAAGCAGAAGGUGGUCCCCUCGCAGGGCGACUCCGACUCGGAUUCGGAGGAGGGGGACAGCGGCCCCGAGGAGAACGAGGAGGUGUCUGAGAGCACCCCGCUGCUGCGCUCCCUGGCGUCCACCAGCGCCCACUCCUUUGGCAGCAUGUCCGGAGUGUCGCGCUCGGAGCAGGACCAGGACUCCUCCGAGUACGAUGACGACGAGCUGGACAGCAGCGACAGCGAGGAGGAGGUUACCGUGGAGACUGUGGUGGUGCAGAUGCAGCAGCCGUGCUCCGAGGGCCACGAGCACGACCUGCCCCGAGCUUGACUGACACGUCGGCUGGCCUGUUUGGUCACUAAACCGCCCCCCCUGCCCCGUUCAAAAGCCCUCCCCAACCACACAGCUGCAGAGACUUUUGUUGGGGGCACAAAACAGAUUAAUCCUCCCAGGUCUUCGAUCACCGCUUACAGCACGUUGUCAUCUUAUCCUACCUGCGAUUUCAAGUACAAAUCUAAGUUUUCGUUUUGAACAUGAUUUUGGGUAACGCGCACAGUUCCAGGUGUGACUGGACACCAGUCAGCAGAUUGGACAGGAUGUACAGUAGACUGCUAUACUGUACUUUAUGUCGUCAUUAAAAAAAAGUAUACAAGUGUGUGUCUGGGUCCAAACACAUGAUCACGCUUGACACAAAGUUCAGUAAAAGUAUAAAUCACAAUAAAGUACGUCUUGCCCCUCGAUUAUCUCCUGUCCUACAUGUACAUACAUUAUUGUACAUACACGCUCAUGCUACUUGAGACAACUCGAACCACUAUGCAGCGUCCUUUUUAAACGAGUACGGAAACAUGUAGAGCCACAGCAAUACGGUUCUGCCAAUUUAUUUCUAGCCUGAUUGUUUGAAGGAGCCUCGGUUCUCCUGCGUUCUGUGCCACGGUGUCUGUUACAGCGAUCGCACGAGAGAAAAUGAAGCCAAACCCUUGUGAGCGACACAUUCAGGAAAAAGAAUGUGCUCUCUCUGUGUGGCGUCAUGUGAGGCUGUGGGUUUCACUAGUUCAAAGUGUGGAAAGACACUUGCGUGAAAACCGUCUCUGCGCUGCCUGUGGUAGACUUCUUCUGGCUGCUCCAGACCCAUCACUUCAUUUAACACAGCUACUGCUCUGUAGGCUUGGAAUACACACCUAAUUGACCUGAUCUCAUUUUAAUACUGUUUAUAGUAAAUAUGCUUAAGUUUUUUUUGUUUUCUUUUUCUUUUUUUGUCAUAACAUGGCUUGAUGUUUGUUGACAAAUCCUGUUGCCUUCUCGGUUUAUGUAAUUUUUGUCUUGUCAGUGUUUUCCUGCUCAUGUAUGUCUGUUCUCAGUAUGAAUACACUUCAAUAAAAUGAAAAAAAUGACACUUGA